AUGGCUCCUCAGAGCAUUAACCCUCCCGCUCUACCUCCUACGGUCGAAGAAGCCUAUCGACGUAAAUGUAUCCAACUGAAGGAGCGCACCAAAGAGAUUGAAGAUGAGACAAAGGCCUAUCAGUUGCGAUUGACCCGACUCCAGCGUCAAGUCCAAAAACUACGCCUCGAGCGCGCAUUCCUCCUCGAGCAGGUCGCCAAGCGCACGAGCACUAAUGUAGAGGAUUCCGAAGGCAGCCCUAGUCCUCCACCGACUCCGAAGGACAAACCGCUCAGAACUAAGCGUGGGCAUAGGAAGCCGUCCCUGCUUCCCAUCUCUGAGCCGGGCGCCGGACCCAGCGCGACUUUCAUCAAUCAGAACUUAGCGACGCUCUCGCCGAGCUCCGAUGCCUAUUCACACUCUCAGCUCGACCACGGCCGUCUUAAUGGUAUUGCCAAGCGACCUAAACGACCUAGCAACGCCUUCGAGAUCUACUGCAACGACACCCGACCCGUUCUCCAAGCCCAACACAAGGAAAAGAUUGCAGCGGGAGAGUUCCGUCUUGAAGAGGAGCUCGCACGAGGCUGGAAGGACCUACCAGAAAAAGAAAAGGAAGAGUUUCAAGUCAGAUAUGAGCAGGAGCUGGCCCAAUACAAGGAGGCCGUUGAAGAGUAUAAGCGCGAAGCGAAAAAUGCUGCGCGUGAGCGCUCGCGUAACAGGGAUAGAGAUCACUUUGGCAGCAUCUCUAGCAGCAGACGUGGUGGUGGAGGUGGUCGUUCGGCCCGCUUCGAAGAGGUCCAGGAUGAAGAAGGAGACGAAGAUCAGGAUGUUGAGAUGGCAGAUCCCGGCGACCACGAGCCUACAGGCGAUCAGGAUACGGACCCAGAGACCGAGGUUGACGAGAACGACGGCGCUGUAGACGAUUAG